UCUGCAGCAAUGGCCUCUCGUCUCGCACGGAGCGCGGUCGGCGCCGCCCGUCUCCGCCCAACGCUCCCUCUCCGAACCUUCCCAGCCAUCACGGCCCAGAUCACGCCGGCCCGCUACAACUCCAAUGUGCCGCAGGAAGACCCCAAGAAGAAGGCCCAGUCGCUGCUGGACGCGAUACCCGUGCCCGGAAACAGCCCCAUCACCAAGGCCGCCGUGCUCUCCGCCGGUGCGGGCUUGAGCGUAGCGGCUAUCAGCAACGAGCUCUACGUCGUCAACGAGGAAUCCAUCGUCGCCCUCAGCUUGCUGACCAUUUUCUGGGCCGUCGCUCACUACGCCGGCCCCGCCUGGUCCAGCUAUGCGCAGCAGCAAAUUAACAAGAUUUCGGGCAUCCUAAACGCUGCUCGGGCGGAUCACACCCAAGCUGUGAAGGAACGCAUCAGCAGCGUCCAGGAGCUUGGGGGUGUCAUUGAUGUCACCAAGACCCUGUUCGAGGUGUCAAAGGAAACCGCCCAGCUCGAGGCGAAGGCCUUUGAGCUCGAGCAGAAGACCGCCAUUGCUGCUGAGGCGAAAUCCGUUCUUGAGUCGUGGGUGCGAUAUGAGGGGCAGGUGAAGCAGAGGCAGCAGCGCGAGCUCGCUGAGUCCGUCAUUGCCAAGAUUGAGAAGGAGCUCGAGAACCCGAGGGUCCUCAAGCAGAUUCUCGACCAGAGCGUCGCGGACGUCGAGAGGAUCGUUUCGCAAAAGGCAUAAGCGACCAGAAAACGUUUCCUUAUCCAGUCAAUUAGGAUCCGCCCCAUGUUACAUAAAUCUGUGCAAUAGUCAAUCCGGUCCGAUAGAGUACCCUCAGAGUCAAUUUCAUUUCGU